UUCCCACCUAUCUCUCCCACCCUUCUUUUCUUCAAAGUUAAUGCAGUAACAAUGGAUCUUUCCUUUACUUCAAAAUCCCUUCUGCAUUUUGUUCUUAUCUUAGGCAUUCUUGGUGCCACCAGAUUGCAUGCAAGUGAUCCUCAUCUGACACUGGAUUACUAUGCAUCAACUUGCCCCACUGUGUUUGAUAUUGUUAGGAAGGAAAUGGAAUGUGCAGUUCUUUCUGAUCCCCGCAAUGCAGCGAUAAUAGUGCGGCUACACUUCCAUGAUUGCUUUGUUCAGGGAUGCGAUGGAUCAAUUUUGCUUGAUGAUACAGUCACACUUAAAGGUGAGAAAAAGGCAUCUAACAACAUCAACUCUUUGAAAGGCGCGGGAAUCGUUGAUAGAAUAAAAAACAUGGUUGAAUCAGAGUGCCCUGGAGUUGUUUCUUGCGCUGAUAUUCUCACAAUUGCAGCCAGAGAUGCUGUGAUUCUGGUAGGGGGACCAUACUGGGAUGUUCCUGUGGGAAGGAAGGAUUCUGUCACUGCAAAUUUUGAUCUUGCCAACACCAACCUUCCCACUCCAGAUGAGAGCCUUCUCUCUAUCAUUUCCAAGUUUCUUUACCAAGGUCUAUCUGUCACUGAUAUGGUAGCCCUUGCAGGAGCCCACACCAUUGGCAUGGCACAGUGUAAAAAUUUCAGGUCAAGAAUUUAUGGAGGCUUUGACUCAACAUCAUUGAAAAAUCCAAUUUCUGAGAGUCACCUCAGCAACCUGAGAUCUGUUUGUCCAGCUGUUGGAGGAGGAGACAACAACAUAACUGCAAUGGACUAUUUGACACCUAAUCUGUUUGACAAUUCUUUCUACCAGUUACUGCUAAAUGGGGAGGGACUUCUCAACUCAGACCAAGAAAUGUACUCAAGUUUGUUUGGUAUUCAAACUAGAGAGCUUGUGAAGAAGUAUGCAGCAGAUCCUCUGGCUUUCUUCCAACAGUUCUCAGAGUCAAUGGUGAAAAUGGGAAAUAUAACAAACUCAGAAAGCUUCAUCACUGGGGAAGUUAGGAAGAACUGCAGAUUUGUCAACACAUAGACUUCAUUUUUCUGUUUUAUAUAUGCGUUUUUUUUGCUUCCACACACAAAGAACCACCAAAACCAAAUUUAUGUGUUCCAGCCACAACAAAUUGAUAAUUCUAAACCAAGCUUGCAAUUAUAUAAUGAACAAAUUAAGUGAGAAGUUGUUGAUUUCCCUUUUUCGUGAAAAGAUUAAGUGUUAAGUCUGAUGCUGUUUACACAAGAAGUUGCUUUCAAACUGUAUGGCUUGAUUAAGCCCAUGUUAAGUUCCUUAUAUUCCUACACUCUAAGUCUAAAUUUUUUUCCUAUA